AUUUUACCUAGCUUAAUCACAUCUGAUUAGGAUCUAUUGUGUGUCCUAGCUCCUUGUGGAUUCGAUCCCUAAGUACUACAACUGAACCACUUAUUUGAGAGAGUAAAAGUUACUCCUUAGGGUAAUUUGAAUGAUAUCACAUAUCUAUCGGAAUAUUCUUCACCCAAAACAGAUGCUACAACUUGUGAUGUGCCUUUUUCUUCUAUUUCUGAGGGUACUUGUAGUUACAACUAAGCAUAUAUGCAACUUGAUGUAAAUCUAACCAUCCAACGAUUUGAAUUCUUAAGAUUUGAUACUCGCGAAUCACUUACUACCUUAUUUGUCUCCUUGACAUUUUGCCACAUAUCUUACAAUAUCCGACUUAACUGUUUCAUACUCAAAACAAUUCUUAGGUGAACCCCUCUGAACUAGAACUUGCAAGGGCUGUCUUAGUUCUAAAUUAUUGACCCUUAACAAACUUUAUACCAUCAUCCAUCCUUGAUUUACUACUGUGGUGGCUUCAACUCCCGGUCUUGCGGCUUCAGCUUCCGGUUUUAUGGCUUCAACUACCGGUCUAAGUUAUGAUUUACUACUCAUGCUCAAGAUUCUCAUUCAUCUCAAAUUCUUCAUGUUGUUUGUCUAUGUAGAGCAUGAUAACACCAUCCAUCUUAUUCUCAACAAUUGCAUUUUCCUCGGUUGCAUAUUUAUCAAUACCCUCUCUAUCAGAAAGACCAACGUAGCUAUCAGUUCUACCAUCCUCUCCUGAAAGUGGCAGACCACCAUAUGUAUCAUUUAUGUCAUUGUUGAUCUCCACAGGUAGAACACUUCUACGGUUCUCAUUAUUCACUUGCAUUAGAUAACCCAAAUGUCUUCAUCACCAAAAAUAUACGAUGACUUGUUCGCAUACAAAACCAUUGGAACGUAAUCCUUAACAUCCCAUCUACCUUAAUCUUUCUGAAUGUACGCUCAACCAAUCCUAAAUAUGUAAACUCCUCCACAUAUGUCUUCAUCACUAGAGUGUGAAUUUCAUCUUCUUCUGAGAUCUAUCUUAUAUAAGCCCCAUCCUUGAUGUAACUUCUCCCUUAGUCAAAACAUAUGAUUGUUAUAGUAUUGGCCAUAGAUUUCCCUGAGAAAUAGAAUUAUGAUUAGUUAACAAUUUAAAGAAUCCAAGUUGUUCAAGAACUUUGGUACAUAAUUGUACCAGUAAUCUUAGUAAUAUUCGUUUUGCUUUAGUAGUACUAGUAGUCCAGUAGUACCUAGAUUUUUUUUCUUUUUAUCGAUUUAGCCCUUUUAACCGACCACGAGUGUGUUAUGCAACCCAAAAUUUCAUGAAAAUGCUACUAAAUUAACUCAAAAUAAGCUUCAAAAUCACCAAACGGAGCUAAUCAGGAUGAAGAAGAACGAAUGUGGUUGGGAAGAGGGAAUAAUGGACACGUGUGAGAGGGAGAAAAGUAGUUUGGGCGUGGGAUCCGCUGGUAGUUAGAGUUUAAUCUCUUGAGUUUAAGAGAGUGAGAUCCGCGUUUAUUAAGAUAAUGGAGUGACAACAUGGUCCGUGACCUCUUUAGAAAAUAUUUAAAAGAAAAGGAAGAGUGUGUGGAGUCUGUAAGGAGUGAGGUGUUAAAGAAAAAAAAAGGGUAAUAGGAUAAGGUAAAAAGAGGGAAGUAAGAAAAUGAAAGAGGUAGUGAAAAUAAAUGUUGAGGAUGUAUGGCAAUAUAAAUUAGUUUUCACACUGCCUUUGUUUCCACAUUGCCACAUACUUUCAGUUUUUUUUUUUGCACCGGUGACAUAAUCAUCAGUGAGUUUUAAAUGGGUUAUUAAGGAACCUAAAUCGGUUAUUAAGGAAACUAAAUGGGUUAUCAAUUAUUAAGCUCAUAUUCUCAGUGAUUCUAUUCAGAAAAUAAAUGGGCUAUUUGUUAGUAUGACCAUAUCCUCAAUGAUUCUUGUGAGAAACUAAACAAUUCUAUUGGAUACUGCCAAUUUUGAAAUUGCCAUAUUAUCUUAAUGAUAUUUUUUUUUUCUCUUUUAGAUACAUUUAUUAAAGGCCUUCAUAUAUUUUUUGUUUUUUUUGGUAUAAAAUUCAGAAACUUAUAAAAAAGGACAAAUUAGAAAAAGAAAAAAAAAGUAAAAGGCCAAAAAAACCGUUAUUGAGCUCGGAAGAGGGAAAUUCAAAUAAAACAUAUCAACGGAUACAAAGCCUAGCUUGUUGGAACGAAAACCCUAGUCAUCAUUCAGAAGAAACCAUCUCCAAUGAACACACACCCGCAAAAAAAAAAAGACAUGAGUGAUAAAAACAAUGUCAAAAAGUCCUGGAUGUAAACAUUGAGACACAAUUACAUAAAUCUGGGGGAAAGAGAAAGAAGAGAACGAUAAAGAGCAAAAGAAUCAAGAACGAUCCUCACUUGACACUGAUUCCUUAGAGCUUCUUAGAGGGUGUUACUGAGUAUGUGCACAGAUGAGGUUUCUCACAGCCAUUUGCAAAGGUUCGAACAAGCUUCACUUUUGAGAUGAUAGACAAAGGAUAAGAUUCUAUGAAGAGUUUCAUGAGCAGUGUGCUGAAGAUGGAGAUAUUGGACAUUGGGACUUGAUUUUGAGUAAGUUCUCAGUCUCAUUUGGACUAAGUCUAGUCUCCAAAGUCGAGCUAAUGACUGUAAACAAGCACUUGGUGGAAGACAACCCACUAGUAAGUUUUCUUUUAUUGAAAAGAAAUAUGUGUUGUAAAUUACCAAGUGUCGGUCGAUAUCCGCCCAUCCAGAGUGACGAUUAAUACCCCAUUAGUGUCAAUUGACACUCAUCCCGUCUCUACUUUUCUUUAUUUUACUCGAGUUUUCUUUGUUUCUUUUUCCAAUACAUGGUGAUGUGUAUAGCUUUGGGAUUCUCCAUUUGGAAAUGUACGGUGAAAAGCAACCAAACCGAUGUGUUGUUCAGACGAAACUUUAUACUCCACAACUAUAUUGAAUCUGUGUUGCCAGAGUGAUUCUUUACAACAGCCUUACAAUCGGAUUCCCUGUUGUCGAGUGCCUGAAACUAAUACUAAUUUUGGAGGUGGUACUUAGGUGUUGUGUAGAAUCUUCACUGAACUGGUUGGCAAUGAAUGAAGCUGUAAAGAAUGAAUCACAAUUAGAGAGAUGUUUUUCAUAUUUAGUUUUUUGAAUGAAUGUUAAAUUUAUUCAUCCGAAAUACCUUUUUUAACAAUGGAAAUCACUAGAGAAACUUUCCAACUCGAAAAUCGUUUGGAAGAAGUGGAGAUUGCUUCAUCGACUUCCAAAUAACACUUCCUUGCUUUUUCAUAGCAAUUACCCAUAGUACAUUGAAUUGAAGUGAUCCCGUUCCUGAUUUGCUUGUCCAAGAGGUUGAGCAAGCGGGACUAAGGCAGUAGAGAGCUGCCAAGUUAACUUCGUGCUAAAAGUCUGCUUAUAACCCGCAUUUGGAGAAGAAGAAUAGAUAUAUCCAAAAGAGGAACUAGGCAUUGAAGUGACGCAUCUCAUCUCGUAUACAUUAUUUGUGAAUGGAUUUGACAUGUGUCAUCACCAUAUUAUUUUGAAAGAAAAAUGAUGAUAUGGCAUACUAGUAAUGAUGACAUGGUUUGGAGUUAAUUAUGACAUGUACAUUUACUUUUAAUGUUGAUUUGUAAUUUUGAUAAGUUUUUGAAAAUAUGAUAAUAACUCAUAGAUCAUCAAUAAAUAUAACAAUAAAUACUAUAAGAGUAGAAAUAUAAAUCUAAUAAUAUUUCACAAUUUUUGAAAUAUUAUUUUAUUUUAUUUUUAUAAUUGUAUAAUUUUAAUUAUAAAAACAAUUCUUCAAAACUCUAUACAUUUUUUUUUUAAUUGUAAUUUUUCUAAUCCUAAUACCAUUAGCUUUUAUUUUGAAAUUUCUUGGGCUUUUACAAUGGACUUGUACAUGUUUGAAACUAAAAAAAUCGUGAUGUCUGAGACUCGGAUUGUGUCUUGUAAAAACCAAUUGGAGUAACGCUACUUUCACUGCUUUUCACAAAGAUUUCAAGAUUGAUGCUUGUGAUGAGGUUCUGACAACAACUGGCUUAAGUGUAAUGGAUACCAGAGAUUCUGGUGGGAUGAGCCAACUGUGUCUGAGCUAAGCCUUCACCAGAAUCAUCACCUUAAUUCGGGUUCCAGCUAAUCAUAUGAUUUAUGAUUAUCGCUUUGAUGCUACGUUAGUCCUCUUGUUCAGUGUCAACACCAUCGCUUUUUGUAGUUUAUUCUCUUGUUUGACUUGGUCAAGAAGUUAUUGUGUUCAAAAGAGGACAUGAUUGAUGAUUCUGUUUAUGUAUAAAUUUAAUCAAUUAUCUGUUGAAUUUUUAAAUCUUUUUUAAACAGAAAAUGCGAAAGUUGUGGAAACAAACUCUCAACGCACUUAUCGUUAUGACUUUUAGGGUUUGUUUUGAAUGUUUCAAACCCUAAUCUCGGGCUAGAAGAAAACAAAAAGCAAAAAAAAAAGCUUGAUUAGGGUUAUUGGGUUUUGACAAAUGGAGAUAAGAUCUGUGAAGCGAAAGAAGAAGAAAAGAGAAGAGAUUAUCAAAGUAGAUAGGAUCAGCCACCUCCCUGACUCUCUUCUUCAUCAGAUUCUCCUCUUACUUCCUCUACAAUGUGCAGCUAUAACCAGCUCACUCUCGAAACGAUGGAGAUCUCUCUUUCUCUCAUUGCCUGAUCUUGAUUUCACUUCCAUUAAUGAAAACCCUAAACCACCAUCUUUCUCUUCAAACUCCAUUUACCAACUGCUUUCUCUUCGCCAUCACCGCGACGCCAACAAUCUCAGAUCACUUCGUUUUCGUACUCCAAUCACAUUCACAAGUCUCAACUCCUUGAUCCGUUUAGCUGUUACUCAUCAGGUUCAAGAUCUUGACGUUGAAGUCACUACCAAAGACUACUUCAACUUCCCUCGUUGGAUUGUUACAUCUCAGAAGUUAAGAGCCUUAAAGCUCAAGUCAGCCUAUCCUGGUUUUAGAUUACCUCCUUCAUCAUCAAUCUUUGGAGGUUUUCAAAAGCUUACUUCACUCUCUUUAUCUCUUGUGAUUCUAUACAACCAACCAUAUCUCUCAGAUUUCUUCACAGAUCCAAACUUUCCUCUUUUAGAGAAAUUAGCCCUAGAAAAUUGCUUCGGACUCAAGGAACUUAGGGUUUGUUGCCGUCUUCUCCAAGAGUUUAGUUUAAAGAACUCUUUACAGCUUGAUAGCUUAGAGGUUUCUGGUAAUAACCUUCACAGACUUAAGGUAGUGAGUUGCUUUCAUUCAUACUCAGAAGAGAGCGUUGUGAAGAUUAACACGCCGAAUCUCAAAACGUUCCUAUGGAACUCAAACGCAGUCACAACAACUGUUUAUUUCUUGGACAAGUUAAUUUGUCUGAGAAAAGCUUUCGUUGGAGUGCUUUUGCUUCAUCAAGAUAUCAAUUCUCAGAAACAGAGAUUACUUACUCUCUUGUCUGAACUCUCUCAUUCCUAUAAACUACAACUUGGAAACCAAUCUGUGGAGAUUUUGUCAAGCAAGAAAGGAUUAGUAAAGAAUCAUCUUCCACCGUUUCACAACAUGAGAUUCUUGGAACUGCAAACACGUUUCGACCGACACAAUGUUCAAGCAUUGUCAUGUCUGUUCAAGAGCUGUCCGAUGCUUAACAUACUUCUUCUCAAAAUCAUUAAUGAUCAAACGAGUGAAAGAAGGCAAUGGAAUAAUGACUUGUGGGAUAUGUCUAACUCAGAGAUUCAAUACUGGGAAUCUCAAACCUAUGAAGUGGAAUCUUUCUUGAAAAAUUUGGAGUUUGUGGAGAUUCAUGGAUUCUUAGAGUGUGAGAAUGAGAUGAGCCUUGCUAUCUUUCUGCUGAGACAUGGAAAGGCUUUGAUCAAGAUGACUCUGAGAUCAAGUUUCCUCUGUAGAGACAAUCUCCGGAGACAGAUGAUAAGGUCACAGUUAAUGGGAUUCUCAAAGGCAUCUUCCAAAGCCAAAAUCUCAUUCCAUUGAAAGUUUUUAUUCAUAAAUCUCUCUGUUUCAGGACUCAGGUUGAAUAGCUAUUACAGUUUUCUUUCUGUUGAAAACUUAUAUGCUUCAAGAACUAUUCUGUUUCGCAUGUUUAUUGUAGAGCUUGAUCAAGUAACUCGAUCCCUUUUACCACUUUCCAGAGAUCCAAUGCCUGCAAAUUUAUAUACAUGUGUUUAUCAAUCAAGUUUUGUAAACAAGUAAUGUGCAUAAUAAACAUGUCUAAAAGUCUCAAAUCCUCACAGAGCCUAAGGUUUAUAGUUCUUGACAGUAACAGUUUCAAUCACAACCACACUGAAACUAAAGACAUCUGAUUUGAAUAAGAAAGACCCUCUGGAGACAUGCACCCACUUCAAUAAAAAAAUAAACCAUAGUGUUGUAGUUUUAAAAUAAGGAAUGGGGAUGGUUAAGGAAAAUUAAAAUGUUAAGAACUUAUCCCACAGGUACAACUCGGUUCGUAUUGGAUGAAGUUUCAUUGCCUCCAAAUAUUCUAGCCAAGCCAAAGUAAGAAAUCUUUGGAUUCAUAUCCUCAUCUAACAAAAUGUUGCUCGCUUUUUUAGAUCCCUGAGGAUGAUCCUUAGUCUAGAGUCUUGAUGCAGAUAUAGAAGUCCACGAGCGACAACUAGAAUGAUAUUACAACGCAUCUUCCAAUCUAAUCGCUAACACAGCUUCCGGUCUUUUCAAGGAUAGUGUUAUUUUUUUAUGAACAAGUGACAGAAGAAGGCUUACCGAAGAUGAAGAAGUUUAAGCUUUUGUGUGGCAUCUAUUCUUACAACAACAGUUAAGGCCAAAAAUCAGGGAUCAGCCACCAAUGGCGUGUUGUAAAUUAUUUGACCAUUCCAGUUUCAAUCCUAUGUGUUGAAAGAAGAUUUGUAACAAAAAUUAUAUUUUAUUUUGGAAGAUGAUAGUGUUAUUGUUUGUUUUAUAUAAAGUUGGAUAGCUGAUCGUUAUAAACAGUCUAUACGAAUUUGGUCUUUUAAAGAAUGGCUCAGUUGGACAGAGAUAGGAUUACCAGUGGUUCUUGCAAUGCGACACAACACAACCUAAUAGGAGUGCCCAACUCUAUUUUUUUUUCUGCAGCGGGAUCAAGAAGCCAACCUAGUAAUAAUCUAAGAAACCUUGACGAGAGGAAAAUUAUGAGUCUACUAUUGUUCUCCUUAUCAUUUUUGCAUUUCAUGCUACAAAAGGCUGCGGCGGCCGCGCAGGAAGACAACCAUGUAUUCCAAUAACAACAAAGAAUGCAAAAACAAAUAAAAAUCGAAUGCCUCAACAUUUCUUCGAAUCAGUUAAACAAAAUGAAGAGUUGAUCAACCUUUUUAUAAUUUCUUAGGAAUCAAAACCCCAAUCUCGAUCUUUGAUCUACUUUGUCUUCCCGCUUAAUCUCACUCUCGAUCUCACACCUCUCUCGAUCUCUCGUGUGUAUAAGACGAAAUAAAGCAUAACAAGACGCACAAGAUUGUUUACCCAGUUCGGGAUUCGAUGUGAAUCUGCCGGCUUGACAGUUAAUGGUUAACUAGAGAUGGACCCGCGCGCCCGCGCGGGUGUUGGCUUUUGCAAGAAUGAUUUUUGUUUUCCAUGUAAAUAUUAUAUACUUUAGAUGUGUCACGAUGUUAGAGAAUUGUAUCGCGGUAUUAGUAUUCUUUUUAAUAACGUUUUUUUGUUUUCCAUUGUAAAUGUACAAUUUUUUGUUUACAAAAAGCUACAUAGCACAUAUAUAAUAUUAAAAUGUUAAUAAUUCUUUAAUAAUAUAGAUAUGCUAUCAAUUUUAUUGAAUUUAUGUAAACAAAGUCUUUAUAUUUCAAAUUAAAUUUAUGUUUUUAUAGAAAGAAAGAAGAUUCAUAUUUUUUAACCAUUCAAUAAUUUAUUUCUUUAGAUAAUUUUUAUAAACAAAAUAUUAAUCAAAAUUUCAAUGAAAAUGUAAUUUAGAUUAUGAUUUGGGCAUGAUGUUGCAAAAAAACAAAAUAAAGAUUAUGAUUUGGGCUGUCAUGUUUUAAAAGUGGGUUGGGCCCAAAAAAAAAACGUUUUAUCAAAACAAACUCAUUAGGUAUCUGUUAUUUUUUUUUCCGGGAACAAACGAACAGUUUUCUUUGUCACCGACAAAAAUUGAUAAAAAAAUAUUUUUCGAUCAAAACAAACAUAAGAUCCAGACGACAUGUUCUUCUGAUUCCAAAUCAAACCUAAGAAUAUGAGUGCAGAUCGUAAGAGAAAAACGGUAACCACCCCUAAUCACUAUUAAAGCUUUUCCUUUUGCGAAUCUUAAGGUUUUGUUUUAUUUCUAUAAAGCUUCUGUUUUAGAGGUUCUUUAGGUUUUGAUAAAUUUUGCUCUAGACAUUGAUUGUUGGCGAUCUACAUCAUGUAGAACGGGAGCAGGCGUCAAGCUAAGAAACAUUUCAUAGAAGAGUAGUUUAUAAAAAUUCAUGUCUUAACACACGGGCUUCAUAGGAGAAUACGAACAGAGAAGAUGGAAGAGGAUUUGAGAUUAUCAGAGUGUACAUGGUAAGUAUUUUUUGUUAAUUAUUCAAUUAAUUAGAGAAUUUGGUAACUGUAUAUUAAUUUGGUGAUGAUGUUUCUUGUCAAAUUUCAUUUCAAUGUUUGCAAAUUGACCCCUUGGCGGGCCUUGAAGAAUCUGCCAUUGUUCAUUCAUGAGCAAUAUAAAAGUGUUUCUCAUUUUUGUUAAUUAUUUAUUUGGUUUGUAAGUGUGUAUAUUUAUUGGAAUUGGCAUAACAGCUUAUGUAUAAUUCCCUCAAACAUAGAAGAAGUUUAUUGGACCUAUAAUGGAGUUGAUAGAUCGGGAAGUUCUAUCAAAGGAGUCUGGUGAGGUUGCUUCUACAGAGAACCUUUUCUUUGGCAAGGCAGUGGAGAAGGAAGAAAGUGAUUUUCGUGAUCAGAGCCCAAGUAAGUUGAAAAGAAGUAAGGAGGGGCAGUUAUUAAUUUUGUGUACUUUUCUAGUGUGCUGAGCGUGAGUUUUUUUUUUUAAUGAACAGAUGUUGGUGAAAGAACGAUCAGAAGCUAUGAAGAAAGAAGUUUCUCUCCCACGUUCAGCAAGUGAAUCCAGACAACAACUCACGGAUCACUUGGAAUGGAAGUUGCAAGUCCGAGAGAAGGGAUGUUGUUACAUAGACAGCAUUGUUUUACUAACGGCAUAAACAGGUAUUUUCGAAUAAACUUUUGGUUGUGUAGUUAUCGUAGUGUACAAUAAGAUAUAGAGUGUUACAUGCUAAGUUUCUGGUUAGGUAAAUAUAGUAAGGACAAUUUGACAUCAUAAGUCAUAAAAAACAAAGUUGAUUGAACCAAAAUAGUUGUAAUAAGAUAAAUAAUAAAAACAAAAUGAUAUGCGGAAAUAACUGGGAAAUUCAAAACAAAAGCAUGAAAAAACCAAAACAAACAACUGGCCAUAUGUAAGGUAGUCCUCACAUAACUAAUCUUCCUUAAUCUUCUCCACCUUGAUGCUCUGAGCACGAAGCUUCUUAGAUGUAGAAUUCAUGUCACUAAGCUCAGCAUCUCCUUCCUUACGCUUGGAGAAAGGUGUUGAAACAUCUGAUGAACUCUCUAUGUUAUAAUCAAUCAAACGCACCUAAUAAUAAUAAAAAUUAUUAGGAUACCAAGAUGCAUAUAUAAAUAAUAGUUAGGAUGGGUAAUAACAAUCUCCAGACCUCGCCGGUUGAGAGUGUAGAUGAAUUGGUCUCAAUCAGAGAUACUGGUUCUGAAAGUGAUUCUAUUCUAUGAAUGUGAUCUCCAGACCAGACCUCAGAGACCUUAAAGGUAUCAGAACCGUUGGCUACAUUAUCAUUUGCGAUGGAAAUACCAAAACAAAAGGAUUUUCCAACACAGUUUUUGAUUGGAAUAGGCAGAAUAUUUGGGUCUUCGAUCUGUAAAUCUCAAAAUUACUAUCAAAAUUAUACUUAAAGUAAUAAAAUAAAUAUCUCCAAUAAACAUUUGUUACCUCAGCAUAUGACCCAUCCCAAAGUGUGUCAGCUUUUUCACCAAUAAUAGUUUUAGCUACAGUGUCAAGUAACAUUAACUGGCAUGACCCUGUGUCAUCUUUCACAAACAGAUGAAGCUUAUACCUGCAGGUUUAGGAAAUGUCAAACCAUUAUAUUGAAUGUUAGUAAUUUUCAAGUAAGUCACGGCUGAUAAACAAUGAGAAAAUAAUAUAAUAAUCUUGGGUGAUUACUUGGGUGAGACAUCAGUUGUGUUUGCACGACACACAUCACAAUAGAAUACUGGCUUCUCAGAUUCAACCAUCUUACCACCGCCCUUCCUACCAACUCUGGUCGUACGUCGAUUGUGCCUGUUACAUCCAAAAUAGAACCAACCCCAAUCCGUGUCUAUGGCUUCUAUUGUACAGACGAUUUUGCAGCUCUCAGCCUAAAUGGUUACACAAAAGAUUUUUGUAAACAUAUAAUAAUAGGAUAGACUAACACUAUGGAAAAUAUUUAAUUGUUUGUUAAGUUACCUCAACAGCAAGAUAUAUCUCAGAAAUACACUUAAUGUCAACCUCAUUCCAGUCAUCAACUACUUGCUUGAUAACCUUAUUUUCAUCACUGCUACCCAAAAGAGCUAAGGGAAGAUCAGUUUGCGACAUCCUGAAAUUCAACAUAGUUUCUUUUAGUAUAAAUAUUAUACGCAUAAACAAUUUAAAUCAACUUACUUCUGUCUAAAGUCAAUAGCUUCCUCCAUGAUUGGGUUAAGCAUCAAAACUGAAGAAUCAAAAGCGUUGGUGAUUUGCACUUCACCUAUAUAUUUCUCAGAAGGUUGGAAACGAUUAAUAAAUUGGUUAGAUAAAUAGAAUGAGUGUAAACUCGAUUUAAAUAAUUAUGUGUAUACCUCUAAAAUUACUGAUUUUGGCAAAGCGGAUCAAGCAUACAAUAGGUUCAUCUUUUGAUUCUUCCACAUGCGAUUCAAUUUGCUCAGCGUAUGGUCCCCAUAAGCAACAUACCAGUUCAUUCCCACUAUAUUUGGUAAUCAGCAAAACACAGAAAAUUUGUAGGAGACAUCAGAAUAGUGUCAAAACCAUUAGCGCGGAAAGAAAUACAAAAAUAAUACCUAGUAUCACGCAAACGAAAGUUUACUCUCUUCCUGUUUUCACCAGUUUUCAAUUGACAGAUAGCUACUUCUCCAAGAUCUACCACUUGGCCCAUAACAUCUGUUUAAGCAACAUAAUAAAUUCAAAUAACUAUAAAGUGCUACACACAAAAUAGAAAGUAAAGUGAGGAUCGUUUUUGGUGCAUACCAAUCAGAAAAAAUGUUUUGAGCUUUCCUGUUACAAUUUCCUCGUAACUUGCUAGAGAGAGGAACUGAUUUUCAUCACGAUAAUCAGUAGGUUUUAUCUUGGUAUCUCCAAUGACGGUGAGUUUGUAUUGAAAUUUUGAUGGUCUAUAUUGACCUCCAGCAGCUGAAAUCUUAAAGUUUUCAAGCUCUCUCCAUUCUCCCAGCUGUAUAUCGCGUUGUACACGAUACAUCAGAGUUCUUUUGCAUGAGGCAUGAAUUUUUUGACCCUGCAAAAACGUAGUAUUAGAUUCAAUAUAAUUUGGGAUGCCUUAAUUAAAUUAAUUAUAAACCUUAUGAUCUUACCGUUUCGUCAGCGAAGAUGCACUCAAGAGAUUCGCCCCCAUAAUCAGUCUUUGUUUUCCAUGUAUGAAGAAGCUUGAGUCGAAUUCGCCAUUCCUCUUUAAAAGGCUUGAGAUCAUUGAUAAGAACCAUUUUUCUUGAGGCAGACAUGUUUGUUUUAUGAGAUGUGUGUGGAUGUUAAAGCCGUCUUGGAUUCGGUAUAUAUAGAUAAGUGAAUAAUUUAGGUCAAGAGGAGUUAUGGACUGGUUAGAUUUAGUGAGUAUAUUCUCUGAUUUUAUAAUUGAUCUGUUGUAAAUAUUAUAGGAUUCGUUGUAAAUAUUGUUAAAUAGGUUGCCCGAAAUUAUGGUAACUAAUUUAGUUUUAAUCCGAACUAAAUUAUGAGACAAUGUAAUCUACAGCAAAAAGAUAUGCACCUUGGUAUUCACGUUUACUUAGGUAACAUCUUUUGUAAAUCAAAUAUUUUGAGAAGAUAUAGAACUGAUUUAGAAAUAUGGUUAUAAUUGCUUGCAAGGAGUUAUUGCGUGGUUAGAUUUUAUGCGUAUAUUCUCUGCUUUAAAUAUGUUAACUAAUUCCUAUAUUUUGUAAAUAUUAUGAGAGUGGUAUUUUAAUAUUGUUAUAUAUGUUGACGCAGAUCAUGGUAACUAAUUACGAAGGCAGCGGACGGAAAUUAUGAGGCAAGGUAAUCUGAAGCAAAAAGAUAUGUUACUUGGAGAAAAAUAUAACGUGGAAAGAAAGGUUAGAAUUAAAUAAUGAUCAUUAAAUUAGUCAAUCAAAUCUUUAGAAAUAUAUAGGACUGAUUUAUAAAAUAUGGUUAUAUAAUCUCGCGAAAGUUAUGGUAACCAUCCGAAGAUAUGAGACAUGAUAAGGAUAUUUACAGAGUCUGGUUAUGAAAUAUCCAAAAUUAUAUGAUUACACAUUAAAUAAAGACGAUCACAUAAACAAUAUUGACUUACAUUGGUGCUAAAUAAGUGAAGGGUUUAUACUAUGAAUUAAACAAUCUCACUUGAUUUAACAAAUAUUUUUAAAUGAGCAUCGGAAUUGGAAUAUGGAUAGAAAGAAUAGAUCUGAAGUUUUAGGAGCUAUUAAUCAUCGUAGUGAGAGUGUUCCACGUUAAGUUGCUGGUUAGGUAAUUCUCUAUUGGACUAUUGAUUAUUGGCAAAACACAUGCUUUUUCAUUAAAAAUGUGAUUCAAAGUAAAGUAAUGAAAAAACAAAGCGAAAAUAAUAAAGAAAAUGGAAAUUCAAAAACCAACAUGAAACAAAACCAAAAUAACAAACUAAGCAUAUGUAGGGUAACCCUCACAUAACUAAUCUUAUUUUUUCUUCUCCAUUGAUUUUUUCUUCUCCAUUGAUAUUCAUAGCACAUAACUUGUUGGAUGUAGAAUUUAUGUCAUUAAGAUCACCAUCUCUUUCCUUGCGCUUAGAGAAAGAUGCUGAAACAUCUUCAGAUGAACUCUCAGUGUGUUGAUCAACCAAACGAACCUAAGAACGGAUCAAACGUUUAGCUCCAAACAAUCUCAUUCAUAUAUUGUGUACUUAUAUAAUAUAACCAUAUUCAUACCUCGCAGGUAGUUAGAGUGGAACUGGUGACAAUGGAAUUCGCUGUGAUGGACAUCUUGUAUAGAUGCCUAGUUGGUCUGUAUAUCCCGGUUGCUGGGUAAACCAAGAAAUUCUCGAGGAACUUCCAUUGAUCAACCUGUAAGUUCUUAACACGGCCAAGGAAGGCACUCUUACAGGUAAAAUGUAUCUCAGAUCCCUACAAUAACAAUUAGAACUACAUUGGUUAGUCGUUGGCAACACAAAAUUCUAGAAAACAAAUAGAUUCAAACAAAAAACAUACCAUCCUAUCUUCAAGUAUGAACUCGAAAGUGUCUUCUCCAGAAUAGUUUGAAUGUUGUGUCCACGAAUGAAGAACUUUCACUUCAACCUUCCAAGUAGUUUUAUAUGGUUUGAGAUUGUUCAACAUAGUGAUUUCGCUGUUUGUAACCAUAGCCAUAGUAAGUUAAAAAGAAAAGGUCGCCGACUGCUAAUAAGAACCUAACAGAACUUUUAUAAUUGUUUUUUUUUUGUGGUGAGGUGUGGAGAAAUCUAGAUUAUAUAGGUAGGUGAUUAAUCUAGGUUAUAAGGUUAGCUAAACCAUAUCGUUUAAAAGAUAAAUGGGCCACGAGAAUUUGCAAUUUUUAUAAAGGUUUAUGCUUGUUUAAAAAUAUACGAACAGUAAUUAAACCUGUAGCCAAACAAUAUUCACUUAAUAUACUAUCCUUAUUUCCAAACAAUCUCAUUGUGUACUUCAACUUUAAUAAUAUAGAUAUGAUUGUUUAAUUUAUUUAUUUUAAUAUACCAUAUACGAAAAUUAAGUACUCUUUUCCUCGCUGAGUUGAAAGCCGCCUUUAUACCACCUACGUCGCGUCUCAUAACCGAUUAACCUCCACCACCACGCUACAAGUUCGAAUAAACCCGAACCGCCGUGGAUCUACAGAAGAGACACUGCAGAAGGCUUGGAUCUGACCCCACCAUUAUGAUUCGUAAAGUCGGAGACUACAAACAACACCGGUGUCCCGCUACACCUAUGCCGCCUUAUGAAAAGAUUUUUUUUUGUUUUUUUCUGAAUUGACAUGAACGAAAAAGAAGAAGCAUGACCUAGGGUAUCGACCCUUUUCUUACCAACAUAUCAGAGCUGGACUUCUUCGGACUCAAACAAAAGAUGAUUAAGGACGGGGGCUUUUUUUUUUAAAAAAAAUCACUAUUGGAUUCUAUUAUACUAGGGUCUGUUUCUGUAAAAGAAAAGAAAACCUUUGCUUCUUUUAAUAAAAAUGCCACCAAAUGUGAAAAAGGUUAUAAAACAAGAGGUCAAAAAGAGUGGGACUCACUUCAUUGGUAUAUUAUAUGUGUUCGAAUUUGAUGUGUAACUUUCAGUUAAAUAGUAACUAUUGGUUUGCACGCAAACAUAAUAUAUUUCGCAUAUUCUGAAAAUUUAAAAUAUAAGAUAUACAAAAAAAAUCUAUUUUCUAUUAUAUGAUUAAUAUUAUUGUUUAAUUUAUUUUAAUAAUAUAACAUUAAAAUAAUGGAAGAUAUGUAAAUUGUUAUCAAAUCUUUAUUAUUAAAAUCAUUAGUUAUCAUAUAUAUAUAUCUAUAAUAAUAAAGUUGCUGAGAAACUUUCCUCAGGCCUCCACCUCAGCACACCCUGCUCUAAAAUUCGCCAUGUGUCCAACAAAUCUUUAGUUUAUAAUUCUGUUUUCUCGAUGAAAGAAAGUGAUGGAUGGGCUUCUGUUUUGAUUGGGCCAAUAUCACAAAACUUAAUUGGCGGUUGAAGUUACGGUAUUAUCAUCGUCCCCACUACUUCCUCUGAAUUUACUCGCCGGAUUAACUAACCUCAUUUAUGUCUCCCAAUCAAUUAUUCCCACUAGGUCCUAUUGAAUGGAGAUCCUUCGGUUUCUCUGCUAAGCUUUAUCGUCAUCUUCCUGCAUAUGAGACUUAUACUUUUGAUUAUCUAUCUUACACGAUACCCAGGACCUAGCCAAACUGAAGCUCACUGUAAUGGCGAUUUUCCAAAUCUAAGGAGGUUGUAGUCACUAGACUGCUUUGAUUCUAGGAGGCUCGCAUUCUGCAGAAAGGAGGCGAACUAAUUGUGGUAGACAUGGUGUUACUGGACGAGAAGUACAAAGUACCCUUGCAACACAUAGACUUAAUACUUUCAAGAAUAUACUGAAAGAAGGACAAGUGCACAAGCUUUGUGUGUUUUUAUGUUGCUAGAAACAACAGCCACUUCACCAAGAUGAGUUUGAUCACUUCGUAAGAAAUGUGUUCUGUGUGCGGAAAAAGAUGAGACUCAGGACCCAUGGAUUCUUCUUUGAACUGUUUCGAUUCUGUCCAUACGACCAGCUACUUACAAUGGCGAACACCAACAGACAACUCCAUGGUGAGGUCAGUGCAAUCAGGAGCACAAUCAACGACUGUACGCAGGGGACACACUGUGUAAUGCUAACUAUACGUUGAGAAAGGGAUGUGAACUUCUGUGUUAGUAUAUUUGACUCUUUGCCUCUUGCAUUUCAUAACAAAUUCGAAAGCUACGGGUCUGAGCCAAAAAUUGUGGUUGCCACCAGUAAAUCCGAAGAUAGUUGGAGGCCAGUUUCUGAACGCCACAUCUGGGACACAUAUAUACUUAUUAGACUCUGAGACAGCUAUUGGGAAAUAGCAGUUUGCAAGCAAAUUGUCUUUAUUCUAAUUAGAUAAACUCCACUUCGUGCACAUCAAGUAUAUUGGGCAUCUUUCUUCCUUCUUAUUUUGACUGCCGUCUGAACUUAUCCUCUUUCAGAUUAACAGGUGAUGGAACAGAGCAGACAGCAUCUUCAUCAAAGGUGGUUCAUGCCUAGAAAAUUUAACCACUCGCCGUUUCUGAGCUAAAUGAAUAUGUUAUCACUGCACACCCUCAGAUAAUUGAGUUUCUCUGCACAGCCAAAGUGACCGGUGUUCAGUUGGUGUUAUAUUGGCUGCUCCAAAUGUUCAAAGAAACUCCUGUAUGUUUUGUGAUAAGACCGAUGCUGAGGGUUGUCUGAGGUAGCGUGUGGAACUGUCGUUGUCAGACCACACAAAUAUUGUCUCAGGUCAAGUAACGGCUUGGGACAGCACUCCAGUUUUUUAAAAUAAAGGCCAAAUCAACUGACUGGAGACAAAUCUAAAAAGGACAGCCACAUUGCUAGGAAUAGCUAUCAAAAAGGUUGGCACAAGAUACAUAGAUUACUUUGUUUUAGUAAUCAAUAAUAGCUAUCAAAAAGGGUUCAUCCUCCCACGUUUCUUUAAACAAUAAGAACAAAUUCGUUUAGUACACAGCUUGGUUCAUAGAGUCAAAGCUUUGAUACAUAAAUUUCUUCAAACUGUUUCUCUUCAUUUAAUUACACUAUCACUUGAAACA